AAUUAAUAUUUAUAUGAUAUUAAAUAGCCAUCUACUUUGAGGUUAAGAUGGCUGUACAAUUGCUGAAUGUUACUAAAACAUUGCAGAAAUUGUCAUUAAAUGUAAAGAAUAAAUUAGCGACACCCAUUGUUAAUGUCGAUGCAGAAAGUACGAAAACAGUUCUUUUUGGGAAUGCCUCAAGAAAUACAAAUUUCUUCAAUAAAUUACCUGCAGAGGCUUUAUGGGAAGGAAUAACAUCUGUAAGUAAUGCUGGUAAGAAGAGAGGUAGAGGCAAAGCUGUUUCAAAGAAGAACAUCAAAGAUUUGAACAGGGGACAACUGAUAGGUGUGGGCAAAGCCAACAUAGUAUGGCCUGGUUUGUCUGCCCCAAUUAUAAGGGGAAAAGAGCUGGUGCAGCAACAAGAAUUGCCUCCUGAUCCAGAUAGAGAGCAGAAAUUAAUCCAGUUACGUAAUUCAAUGGGUACUACAAGGUUUGGCAAAUUGAGUCCAAUUGAAAGGGGAUGGACUGGUACAAAAAUGCCUGGUAGGAGUAUUGGACCUCCAGAUGCAGUUGGGGAAGAUAGUUUUGAAGGUUUUGAUACAAAGGUAUUGGAAUUGAAAACUGUAUUCAAUAUGAAAGGAAAUUUUGGCAGAAAACGUAGGUUAUCUGUCUAUGUUGUAACUGGAAAUGGUAAAGGUUUGGCUGGAUUUGCAACUGGAAAGGGUGUGGAAUCAAAAACUGCUUUGAGGAAAGCUAAAAAUAGAGCAGGGCAAAAGUUAAUGCACAUUAAUAUAUUCAGGAAUCAUACAGUAUAUCACGAUUUCUAUACUCAAUUUGGUAAAACAAAGAUAUUUGUGAGUCAAAGACCGCCCGGUCAUGGUUUGAAAUGCCACCGCGCCAUCAAGACUAUUUGCGAAGUUAUUGGCAUUAAAGACUUAUACGCUAAAGUAGAGGGAUCUACGAAUCUUCAACACGUCGUGAAAGCUUUCUUCCUAGGAUUAAUCCAACAGAAAACACACGAUAAAAUAGCAGAAGAGAAGAAACUUCAUUUAGUUGAAAUCUGCAAGGAAAAUGGUUUUUACCCUAAUGUCCUGGCAUCUCCCACAGAAGUUAGAAAGCCUGAGGAAAUUAAAAACGACGAAAGCAUGGAUUUUAAACAAUUCACAUUACAUGGUCGAGUUGUUUUAAAUAAGAAGAAGUAUCCACCGUUUUACACAAAGUUAAAAUCUUGGGAGAGUUAUUUAAAGAAGCAAGAAAGACUUCGAAACCACGCUAAAGUCAAGAAACAUUUAAUAUUUGAAUUUGGUGAAAUUAAGAGUUUCCUAUCAGAAAAGUAUCCUGAGUGCAGACCAUAUAAGAAACCACCUAAGGAGGUGGAAGAAACUGCUGAAGAUUAGAUAAUAUUUGUAAAAAUAAUUCAAUAAAGUUGUAUUUGAUUUU